UGUGUGUGUGCGCGCGCGCGCUUUCCCCCUCCGCCUGCUCGCUGCCUUCCAGCCAGGGAUUAUUUCCCGCGGCGGGGCCCAGCGCGGCGGGACGGGCUGGCGCGGGGGAUGGCGGCACCCGGCACCCGGCUGAGGGAAGAGGCCGCCCCGUGAGGGAGGAGGAGGCGGGAGCACAGAGGCCUGCUCGGGGCCCUGCCGGGCGAGGACCCCGCGGCCAGGCCGCGCCUCAGCGCUCGGGCCCGUUUCCCCCGGCACCCUCGGGGGGGGCCCGGCCCGGCCCUGCCCGCCGCCGGGGGCUGCCCCCCGCGCUCCUCGCCGCCGGGGCCCCUCGCCCCGCGGGGGGCGGGCUUGCCGGGGGGGGCGGUAGCGCGGCGGGGGCCGCUCGGGGGGUGCCGGGGCCUUGCGGGCCCCCGCCGGGGCGCUGCCGCCCGCCCCCGCUGCCCUCCCCCGGGUGGGCUCCCUGCGGGCCGGGGGAAGGCGGAGCACCAUGGUGGAGAAGCGGUGCCCGCGGCUGCAGCGGGACGGCGUGUACCGCUGGUUCUCCGAGCUGCCUUCCCCGCAGCGCGUGGAGUUCCUCUGCGGCCUCCUGGACCUCUGCAUCCCGCUGGAGCUGCGCUUCCUGGGCGCCUGCCUGGAGGACCUGGCCCGCAAGGACUACCACUCCCUGCGAGACUGCGAGAUCAAGGCCAACAACCCCGCCGACCUGGGGAGCCUCACCAACCUGACGGACGAGGUGGUGCGCAGCAAACUUUUGGUCUCUCUCGCCCUCCUGGGCUCUGCCCACCGAGAGGCAGCCGGGGUCCUCUUCCGUACCCUCACCCACAUCGAUUCGGUCAUCAACAACUACGGGCUGCAACUCAACGAGGGCCGCACGGGGGAUGAGUUCCUGUUGCUCUUCACGAUGGCAUCCAACCACCCGGCUUUCAGCUUCCACCAGAAACAGGUGUUGAGGCAAGAGCUCACCCAGAUCCAGAAUAUCAUGGCCAGCACCAGCAAGAAUCCCAGCACCUCUACCCUCAACACCAUGGCAACCUAUCCUGGCUGCCAUAAGGUCACUCCAAGGUCCGAGACCCCCAUCAACAGUGUCAGUAACAGUUUGGAAAAUGUACUACAUACAUCAACACAUUCCAUUGAGGAGUCAUUACCCAAGAGGCCUUCGGGGAAGCACUCCAAAGUGAGUGUUGAAAAAGUGGAGUUAAAAGGACUGGCACACAAGAAGAAUGAAAGAAAUGUUGAAUAUUCCUUUGAGGUCCUGUGGUCGGAUUCUUCAGUGACGUUGGUAACCAAAUCCUCCACUGAAGUGACUGAAUUUAUUUCAAAGCUUUCCCAGCUGUAUCCAGAAGAAAACAUGGAGAAAUUCAUUCCUUGCCUAGCUGGUCCAGAUUCAUUUUACCUCGAACGGAACCACAUGGAUCUGGAAUCAGACCUUAGGUAUUUGGCACCAUUGCCUUCCCAUGUGGUGAAAAAUGACCACGUUAGGAAGUUCUUCAGCACUUCAUCUCCUUCACAGCAACUUCAGAGUUCAAAUUCUGGCAACCCCUCCCUUUAUAAAGUAGGAACUACGCUGGGAACAUCUGGAAGACCUAUAUGUGGCGUGGCUGGCAUUCAGGCUUCUCAGAACCACGUCCAGCACUCGGCUGCUGCUCCGGUUGCACUGCCCCACUGCUCCCACCCCGGAGGCACUGGCUCCUCGUUGGCUUAUCGCACCCCCAUGGACACCUCUUCUUCACCCAUGUUAAUGUCUUCCAGCCCACAGACCCCUCAGACACAGGAGCAAAACGGGAUCUUAGACUGGCUCAGGAAACUGCGCUUGCACAAGUACUACCCUGUCUUCAAACAGCUCACAAUGGAGAAGUUUCUCAGUCUUACUGAAGAAGAUCUGAAUAAGUUUGAGUCCCUCACCAUGGGAGCAAAGAAGAAGCUCAAGACCCAGCUGGAGUUGGAGAAAGAAAAAUCAGAGAAACGGUGCCUAAACCCCACAACACCUUCUGCAGUUACCAGCAGUGGUGUGGCAAGGGUCCCCCCCACCACACAUGUUGGGCCCAUCCAGAGUAUUCGUGGCAACCACGCUGCAGAGCUGCGCGUGGACGUGGAUCAGCCAGCCCACCCACUGCCCCGGGAGGGCAGCUCCUCUGAGUACUCCAGCUCCUCUUCCAGCCCCAUGGGGAUCCAGACACGGGAGGAGAGCUCGGACAGCGCCGAGGAGAACGAGAGACGUUUAGAGAUUCACCUGGACGGUUCAGAAAAGGAGAAGCCGGUGAUGUUACUGAACCAUUUCACUUCCAGCUCUGCCAGACCCACAGCUCAGGUCUUACCAGUGCAGAACGACGCAGGCUCCAAUCCGUCCGGCCACCACACUCUGCCAAUGCAAAUGAUGUCACCUGCCUCUUCUCAUAUCACCCCCAUUCGGAUGCUAAAUUCAGUGCAUAAAUCAGACCGUGGCAAUGCAGACAUGAAGCUACUUUCAUCGUCUAUGCAUUCACUUCUAUCUUUAGAAGAAAGAAAUAAAGUUUCUCCUGGCCCCAGGGGCAGCAUAAAAAUGGAGAAGAGCUUUGGAAAUACAGUGGUGGAUGUAAUGUCUGCAUCUUCUCCCCACCAGCCCCUGCAAGUGCUGUCAGGGGCUGCUGAGAACAGCUCACCCACAUCUACUAUUAACUUUGGUCCUCGAACCAAAGUUGUCCAUGCUUCGACUCUGGACAGAGUGAUUAAAACAGCUCAGCAGCCAGGAUUAAUAGUAGAAACCAGUACUGCUGCCACUGUCACAUCCAGCACAGUCUUCCAUGUGGCUCGUCCACCCAUCAAACUCCUGGUGUCUUCGUCUCUUCCUACUGAUUCUGCCAUGGCCGGACAGACUUCCUGCUCCAGCAAUAUGCAAAUAACGGUGUCCCCUGCAAUAAUCAACCCCCGGACUGCUCUGUACACAGCCAACACCAAAGUGGCCUUUUCUGCGAUGAGCAGCGUGCCGGUGGCGCCGCUGCAAGGCAGCUUCUGCGCCAACAGCAACGCAGCCUCCUCCAGCAGCCACCCCGCCACCUCCUUCGCCUCCAUGGCCAACCUGCCCAGCUGCCCCGCGCCCAGCUCCAGCCCCACGCUCUCCUCCGUCGCCGAGAACAACUUCUACAGCAGCAGCAGCAGCAGUAGCAGCAGCAGCAGCAGCAGCAGUGGAUCCGCAGGGAGCAUCCCGGUUCCAAACCAGAACCAUCACCACCACCACCACCAGCCGCAGCAGCCGCAGCCGCCCGGCUGCAUGGUGUGCAGCUCCUGCGGGUGCAGCGGGAACUGCGGCUCCAGCGGCAUGACCGUCAGCUACGCCAACUAUUUCCAGCACCCCUUUUCAGGGCCUUCCAUGUUUACUUUCCCGUUCCUGCCCUUCAACCCCCUGUGCAGCAACGGCUACAUCAACACGCAGCAGUACAACAGCAGCACCACCUUCCCCGUGGUCCACACCCCCUACAACAGCGGCCUCGCCCCGGACUCUGUCAUGACUGGGCAGUCGACCUUUGCUGUUCCACCAAUGCAGAACUUCAUGGCAGGGACAGCAGGGGUGUACCAGGCACAGGGAAUGAUGGGGAACAGCAACGGUUCCAGUCACAAAAAAAAUGGGAAUCUCUCCUGUUACAACUGUGGGGCCAGUGGUCACAGGGCUCAGGACUGCAAACAGCCUCCGAUGGAUUUCAAUCGACAAGGUACAUUUAGGCUGAAAUAUGCUCCUCCCUCUGAAAGUCUUGACUCCACAGACUGAUACUUUAUCAUCUGGCAAGAAAAUACUGUAAGCCAUGGAGAUAUAAGGAGAUUGAAACACAAAACUGAGACGUCCAGUUGCUGUUAAGCUUAAUGUAUUUUUUAAUCCAAAGGUGCUUUACUUUAUUAGACUAGGUAGAAAAUCUAGCUUAGGGGUGCAUCAGAACCCACUCGUGAUUGCCAAAUUCAAGCUUGGAUCUUCUUGUUGGAACUUCUGACGACGUGUCAUAGGACUGAUGGGUACUGGAUGGAUGGUGGAGCUGGCCAGCUGCAUUUUCUGUUGCAAGUACAACAUCUGAGGGACUUCUUUUGCUGGAGAAUGUUGCCAUGUGUGGACUUUCGAAGGUGGAAUGUCUAACUCCAGGGCAGCUACAUUCUGAAGUGGAAGCUGGAGGCUGAAGGUAGGAGUGGCCAUUCGCCAGAAGGACUUUGGCACCCCUGGGCUAGGUAAAACGUCUACUUUUUUUCAAAAGUGAUCAGGCACUAAUCUCUGGGAUUUUUAAGGAUUGCACUACAGAAGAAUGUAAAACUCUUCAAGCUUUCUGCACUUUGAGCAGACCGUGUCACUCUGAGACCAGUGCAAGAGGCAAAGAAGUUCCAACUUUUAAAAAUUGGCACCAGCAGGCAAUGUGACUUCACUACACAAUAAAAAUCCUAAGUCAGUCUCUCCUUUCCCUCCCAAAAGAACACACACGGCAGUUUUGGUUCCUUCUGGAAACAAAACUUGUGCUUCAUUGUCUCACUUAUUACUAGAUAGUGCUGGGUUCCCAGCAGUGGAAUAAACUUAGUUUCCAAGGGUCCAAGUCCCAGAGACUCCAGAGUCAUAAAGGCUUCAAGGAUAUUUUCCUGUAACACACAAAACAACCUUUACGUCCUGUUACUGUAUAUAGGUCUCUUUCACAGAAACCUCAUUAUUCUGCUUUUGUAAAUGAAUUUUAAACCAUCCUAAAGAGAAAACCCCAACAACUCUGGCAGCAGAGUUUGUAAGCUUUUGCUUUACUUUAUAUAAAAAAACAAACCCCUUUGACUCCUACCCCAAGGCUUUUGAUACAGGAUUCAGAAGUGGUAGAAGUCAAACAUGUAAAAGGUAGUAAACUUCAUUAUUAUCAAGACUUUGAAGGAUUCCUUGUCAGCCUCCUUCAUUGCAAUAGAUUGUAGAUGAGUAGCUUUGGUGUUAACUACUUAGCGUACAUAAUUUGUGGAUGACAAAUCUAAAUUAGGGCUUGAGAGGAAGCCAAACAAACCUUGAACUGCUAAUUUGAAACAGUUUGGUCCUGUCUGGUUGAAAGAAGAUACUAAUCCUCAUGGCUCACCCCAGGAAUCUGACAGCAUUACACGGGUGAGACCUUCUCUUUAAAAUGUCUGACAGAGAGAUAUUUGCAUACUGUAAUUUGGAAGACACCUUUAAAGUCUAAAGCCUUGUUUACACUUGGAGGUAUUUCUUAGACCAGUUUAAACCACACCAGGAUGAGUAGGAUUCGUAGUGGCGCAGUUGACUUUCGCUUGCAAGUGAGGGAAGUCAUAUCCAAGGAGGAGGUUUGGAAGUGGUGCAGAGCUGCCCUGAGGAGAUGGGGCCUUAGCAAUGCAAGGUCAGUGUGAGGGGGUCAUGCAGGGCCUGGACUGUCGAGACCUUUGUGGGCCACCUUCAUAGGAAUGUUCUGGGCCAUCCCUCAGUCCCACUUCUUCAGCGGGGAGGAUCAGUGAGCAUUGCUGGGAAGGUGGUGACCGGAGGGGAUGAGGAACCAGCCUUGGUCCAGGUAGAGAUCUGCAGCUCAGAGCAGAUUGGGCAUCUAAAUUUGUGUUAACCUUUGGUUAAAAAAAUAAUUUUUUUUAUUCCUAUGCAAUGAAAAAAAACCAACCCCAGAGAUCUGAGGUGUGUAGUGUCAGCCCAGCUCACACCACUGCCGCGUUGCCCAGGCUGUGGAAAUGCUCCUGUUUGCUCUGCCUGCCUCGUGAGGAGGCCACCUGUGUUGUACCAACCAACCUCCAGAUCUACAACACUAAAGUGAUGAAAACUGACAAUGCAAUUUACUUUGCCUUAAUGAGCUUGAGACAAUGGUAGGAACAAUCUGUCACACUGCAGCACGCUGAAGGAAACCUGCAGUUUCCAGGGACGAUGUUUACUAUUUACAGCUUUGAGGGUCUCUCCAGUGGCCUGGAACAUGUGCUGAAAGCCAAACCUUAACUUUUUUUUUUCUUCUUCUUCUUUUUUUCACUUUUAUAAAACAAUAUUUUAAAACUGAAUUGUAUUUAAAGAAACUGUGUUUCAACACACAUGCAAGUGUUAAAAACCCUCUCAAAAUAGCAAAAAUCGACAGCAAAAACCCCAGUUAUUUCUGUACCAGCUGCAUUUUGUUUUAAUGCCCAAGGCUGGGCACACAGUCUUGUCUCACGUUCAUCACAGAGUCAAAACCAUCACAAAAAGGACUGUAAAACUGAACUUGUGUCCAGCAAAACUGUUUCAUUCCUUUCUUCAGAGCUUUUUUUGGGAUUGUGUUUCCUUUGUGUAAAGUUAAGGCUGAUGUUUCUUAAAGUGGCUUAUGUGUACUUUUAGGUGACGUUUUUAAAUGGUGAAGUCUGGUUUUAGAGUCAGUUGAAACUGAGAAGUCUUGAGUACCUUUAAAGCAAGACGAGUGUAUCAGAGGAAUGUUUGAGGAGCCAGCAGCAAUCUCAGAGCCUUCUCUACAUCAGAGGGAGUUGUGGCUUCAGACCUGCUAGGGAACGCUAGCGAACGCUGUCCGCUUUGGACCAAGAACAACCAAAGUUGGGAAGUCCACACAGAGCACUUUAGUUCCAUAAAAUAAUCCUUAAUUGGUUUUUAAAAGGCACAAAUCCAUCUUUUUACCCCUGAAAUGUAAGGCAGCUUGUUUUAGAAUAGUAGUUCCAGCUUCACUGGCUGAAAGAAGCAGUUCUUAAAACCUAUUUUUAUACACGGGAAGAUGGAGAUUUCAAAGAAUGCUAUUUAUUCCUAUCUUUGUCCUGAAAGUAUAAAAAGAAUGAGUUCUCAAAAUGGAUUCCACUGUGGAAUAGAGAUGAUAUUUUAAGUGUUAAGACAGAAGGGAAUCCCAAGUCACCUCCCUGCAGGGGCACGGAGAAGGUAACGAUGAGUCUUCCCUCAGGGGAGCGAGCGUCGCGGCUGCCUGAGCGUUGGGGGUGGGAAUAUUCAAAACAGGAUGGAAAUUCCAGCAAACUCCUCCUCGCACUGGCAGUUGGCAAAUGAAGCAUUAGUAAAUACGCCAGGCUGGAUGCUGAACAGCAGGAGAGCAAAGAGGGAAGCCUCAUUUCAGCAAGUGAGGCAUUAUCAGAGUUCUACCCUACUUUUCCUUACAAUACCCUGUCACACUCCACUUUUGUGAAACGUUUUUGUACCACUGUCAUGAGAUCUUGGCAAGUUGAGCAUCAGACUUCCAAAAAUAACGGUUUAACACUAGACCUGUAUCACUCUCAGAAUUCUGUCUCAUGCUGUUCCUCGCUGGCAAGCUGCAGGGUGAAGGUACUCAGAAGUUAAACAUAGUUUGUGGUCUUCAGCAGAGCAACGCUCCUCCCCAAAAUGAAAACGCCAUCACCCGACCCCCCUGCAUAUGGGUUCUUUGUGUGUGUAUUGGAGAUCAUGGACACUUGGGAGCUGUGGAUUCAAGGUGGUCCUAGAGAUGGAUGUGGGCAAAUCUGGCCAGAAAUCCAUGUCACGGAGCAGUUGCAAGAGUCUAGAAAACAAGUUUUGCUGGUUGAGGCCCUGACCACCAGCCCUGCCCCCCCGCCAGCUCUUGUAACAAACCCUUGGAACAACCCAUUUGCUCUCUUCAAUUUUUCUUACAUAAGCAAGAAACGUGUUGGUACUGAAGCAGAAAGCAAAUCCUGUGUGUUUUCAAGUGCAGAUUAACAGCUUCUCUUGGACAUAACUUUCCACUAGGAAUGAAGGAAACUCCUGCUCCCAUUUGAGCCAUUUCUUUUACUUCGGUCAAUUCUAGUAUUACAAAUUGUGCAUGUAACUUUAUAAAUAUUUUAAAUAGUUUUGUAAAUAUUUAAUAUUCAGCUAAUUUGAUUUUGAAUUGUAAAUGUCAAGUAUUCUGGUAUUGGGAUUUUUAUGUUUUAUUAUACUUUGUUAAAAGUAAAAUUGUACAUUUUUAGAAUGUUUUUAUCUGAGUAAAUUUAAUGUAUGGAAAAUAAAGAGUUAAACAGAAUAA